UCUACAGUUAAAAGAGUGGCGGAACGGAAAGAGACAGAAUGGGGGAUUGGAAAUCGAACGAAGAUCGAACAGGGAAAGGGGGGUUCUGCUCUUAGCUUGUUGCUUAAGCCCCUGAGACGAAACCAAUCGAAUGGACUUCUCGGAGCAAGACGUGGACUUGUUCGGAGAAGAUUCCGAGAGCGACGACAAUGAACCACAGCCACAACCCAAAAAAGAAGAGCGGACUCGCCAAUCCUCCUCGUCUUCCUCCUCAUCCUCGGCCUCUUCUUCCUCUGCUUCGACCUCUGAUCGGAGUGGCGGCGAGAGCAGUGGCAGCGACAGUGGCAGCGGCAGCGCCUCCGUCAGCCGCGGAGACGACGACGACGAAGACGGAGAAGAAGAUAAUGGUGAAGUGAGAUCGAGUUUUUAUUCUGAGAACAAAGAUAAAGAUCUGUUUGGGUCUGAUAAUGAGGAUUAUUGUAAAACCCCUGCAACUAGUCCUUAUCUCGUGCCCGUUUUGCCUGCCAUUAGAAAUCCUAACAACCAUCCAAGAGGGGGUUUUGGGCGUGGUCGUUGGCAAAAUGAUAGAGGUGCCGGCCUCCUUCCUCGACCUGGACCUUAUCCUCAAAGGCAGAACUUCGGUUCUGGCUCAAAAUUUUUUAAUGGUCGGCAUGAUGAACGUUUUGUUUCUGAGCUCAAGCUUUCAAAAAGUGAAGAAACAUUAGCAAGGAAAUGUGUACCUAUUCAAGAGCCAAGCGAACUUGCUUCCUACAGUCGGGUAGAAGGUGGAGAUGUCUACUUUGAUGAGCGGAGCUUGAGGCUCUUCAAGCGUCUUAUUACCGAAGACAUAGGCGCUGACCUGAAUGAAGGUUUUGAUACGUACGUUGAGAAGAAAGACUUGGGCUCCCAGGGUUUUGGUGAUCUACUUGCUUGUAUAAGAAAUAAAAACAUCCCACUGCAGAAUAUUCACUUUGUGACUUAUCGUAACAACCUCAAUAAGAUAUUGGCCACUGCUUAUAUCCGUCAUGAACCUUGGGAGAUGGGGGUUCAUAAAAGGAAUGGGGUUGUUUAUCUUGAUGUGCAUAAAUUACCAGAAAGACCACAAAGUGAGCUGGAACGACGGAGAUGUUAUUGGGGAUAUUGUUUUGAAACCCUUGCCACUGAAGAUCCAAGAAGAGCUGAUGGAGAAGGGAUACAUCAUAUUGAUGCCAAUGUUGAGUUUUGUUCUGUAAUUAAAACCAAACUGGGAGCUCACCGUAUUCUGAUGGGGGCAGAAAUGGAUUGCUGUGAUUCAACUGAUGAUGGGAAGAGGUUUUAUGUGGAAUUAAAGACAAGUAGAGAGUUGGCUUAUCACACUGAGGAAAAAUUUGAGAGGGAGAAAUUGCUCAAGUUCUGGAUCCAAUCAUUCUUAGCUGGUGUUCCUUACAUUGUCAUUGGGUUUAGGGAUGAUGCAGGUCGGCUUGUUCGUACAGAGAGACUAAGAACCAAAGAUAUAACACAAAGAGUAAAAAUGAAGAACUAUUGGCAGGGAGGAGUGUGCCUGGCAUUUGCUGACGAGGUGUUAUGCUGGCUCUAUGGGACGGUCAAAGAGAAUGAAGACUACAUAUUGCAGUUUGCUCCACCCUUCAACCGUUUGGAGCUUCUACAAGCACAAUCUUGUCCAGAUGUUAUUACCAACCAUGUUGAGCUAUAUAAUAAUAGAUAAAGAAACCCGGCAAAUUGUAAGUUAUAAUUAUGAAUUGAGAGAAAGAAUGUGGAAGAGGGUGCUUAGGAAUAAUUUAGACUACGGGAAAUUAGUUAUUCUUUUCUUCCUUCUUUUGGUAACUCUUGAAGAUGCAAGAUGCUCUCAUUCGAUUGCGUGUUGAAGCCACAGCCAGUUGGUUGUGGCCAGCAAUCUGAUUGUCAAUUUUUUGGAGAGAGAGAUGGAAGGAAAAAGAAGGGUGGGGGUGGUUCCCAAAUGUAAAAGGUUCACUGCGCUCAUUGUUUGAAGAAAUUAGAGAUUUUGUUCUUCUUUUAUUUUUUCCAGUUUGGUAUCUACUUUGGUUAUUAAAGCUAUUACCACUGCUUAUGCUACUUACAUUUUCAUUGUGUAUGUUUUCGUUUAUACGUGAAAUGUUUGUAAGCAUCCCUCUCGUCAGGAUUGAUUCUGAAA